GCCGCCCGGGCUGAGUGUGUGUCCCCGUUUCGUUUCCAGCCAUGCCCUGUGUUCAGGCUCAGUAUGGGUCCUCGCCUCAAGGAGCCAGCCCGGCCUCCCAGAGCUACAGUUACCACUCUUCAGGAGAAUACAGCUCCGAUUUCUUAACUCCGGAGUUUGUCAAGUUUAGCAUGGACCUCACCAACACUGAAAUCACUGCCACCACUUCUCUCCCCAGUUUCAGUACCUUUAUGGACAACUACAACAGCAGCUACGACGUGAAGCCUCCUUGCUUGUACCAAAUGCCCCUGUCCGGACAGCAGUCCUCCAUUAAGGUGGAAGACAUUCAGAUGCACGGCUACCAGCAGCACGGCCACCUGCCCCCCCAGCCCGACGACGUGAUGGCCCAUUCGGGCUCUGUCUACUACAAGCCCUCCUCACCCCCGACCCCUUCCACGCCCGGCUUUCAGGUGCAGCACGGCCCCGUGUGGGACGACGCCGGCUCCCUGCACAACUUCCACCCCAACUACGUGGCCACCACGCACAUGAUCGAGCAGCGCAAAGCGCCCGUCUCCCGCCUCUCGCUCUUUUCCUUCAAGCAGUCGCCCCCCGGCACUCCCGUCUCCAGCUGCCAGAUGCGUUUCGACGGACCCCUCCACGUGCCCAUGAACGCGGAGCCGGCCGGCCCCCACCACGGCGUGGACGGGCAGCCCUUCGCCUGGUACCGCGUGUUAGUGCGGGCAUCUCUGUCAGCGUAUCUUGUCUCAGACUUCCCAUACGAGGUGUUCCCUCAGCCUUACCGCAAAGUUGUUCUGCCACAUGUUAGUAUGAAGCUUCCUAUGUCCAAGUUUCAGGACAUCACUCCUUGUCCUAUCGCUACAUAG